AUGGACAAUAACGCGAGCCCGUCUCCGGAUCCUGAUGCGACAACGCGUCGCCGAUCGGGACGCGUCGUGAGGGCACCCACCAAAUUUACUCCUGAUACUGCAACUCAAUCGACAAAUCCAAAGCGCAAGCGAGACGAUCAGGACGACGAAGAAGAGGACGAAGAGGAAGAUGCGGAAAUUGAAGCGCCCGAUUCAGACGAGGAGAUGAGCAACGAGCCCGACAAUGACAGCGAUGAAGACCAUCCCGCGCCGCGCUCUAGAAAGAAGUCGUCGCAAACAAGUCGCGCAAAGAAGCCUUCAGCCAAAAAGCCCAAGAUCAACGGUUCCAAGCCUUUGCGGCCUGCGCGAGUGACCCAUGCAGCCAAAAGUCUCCCGAGCAGACCUAAGAAGAGUGUUCGCAUUGAAGACGCUGCUGUGAAAGGGCAUGGGCUCUACUCCCAUCUGUUCGGAUCGGGUGAUUCUAGCAAAUCGGUGGCAGAAGAAUGGCUGGCUAGUUACAAGACCAACGCAGUAGCAGCCACUGCUGAUUUGGUGAACUGCAUCCUUCAAUGCGCUGGCUGUGAUCAACUCAUCACUGAAGACGAUGUUUUAGACUUGGACAACGUUGCAGGACGACUGGCAGAUCUUCAGAGCAUUUACCAAGAGGUAUUACAAUUCUCAAUCGUGCCUCUAGCCAUGGAAAUUUUGCUGACAUUAUUACAGCAACAAAUUACCGACUAUCCUCUCAUCUCCAGAACCAAACAUUCACGAUCCUUCCGAGACGUACUCAUUUCCUUCUUCGAAUGCCUCAUCGUUGAUAUGCACCAAGGUCGUCUCAUGUACAGAGACGAAACAUUUCUUGACAACCUGCAUACAUGGCUUGCUAGCAUGUCCUCAUCAUCACUCCGACCCUUCCGCCAUACCGCAACCACUAUAUCUUUGGCAGUCCAAAGUGCGCUAGUCACAGUAGCCAACGACCUUGACUACAGACUCAAGAAGAGUACAGAAAAGCGUGACAAGGAACAGACCAACAAAGAUCGCAAAGCUUGCGCCGAUGCCAUUCAGUCGUUUUUCGACACUGUUUUUGUGCAUCGUUACCGAGAUGUCGAUCCCAAGAUUCGAACUGAGUGUGUGGAAGCACUCGGGAACUGGAUCAUUUCCCUGCCUGUCAUCUUCCUUGAGCCGGGCUACCUCCGGUAUCUUGGCUGGAUGCUGUCAGAUACUAAUGCACCCACUCGUCUCGAGGUCUUGAAGCAGCUUACCAAAGUCUUUCGGAGAGACGCCGGGCAGCUGGGCCACUUUAUUGACAGAUUUCGCCCGCGAUUGGUUGAAAUGGCCUGCAAAGAUUCCGAUGUCGCCGUUCGCGUCGCAGCAAUUGGCGUUAUUGACGUCCUCCGCGACCAAGACCUUUUAGAAGGCGAAGAGGUGGACGCUAUUGGGAAGCUCAUAUUUGACAAUGAACUCAGAAUUCGAAAGGCGGUUGUUGGGUUCUUCGUCGCAUGCACUAAGGACGCUAUCAGUGAAAAGACGAAGGACCUGCGUGAUUCUGAAGCUACGGAGGACAUACCUCGCGGGAAGAAGGCUUCUGUUGACGCCCCCCGUAUGGAAUGGAUUGAUCUAAAGUGCCUUGCCGAAACCCUUGCUAUCUAUGACAAUCAGAUCGAGGAGGAGCACCAAAGUGGUCAGAUAUUGGGAUUAGAUGUUGCGGUUGAUCUUUUGGAGUCUGCUGUUCCAGAGACCAGGAUCUCGCUGGCAGCCCAAGUUCUAUUCGAGAAGGUCAACGCGAUAAAGCAGUGGACACUCUUGGCAGGAUAUUUGCUCUUUGAUCACACAACGAGUUCAAAAUCGCGAUCCAAGGGAAACAACCCAGAUCUUGCAUUCAAGAAGGCUGUUGCACCUACUACCGAGGAAGAAUCGAUACUCCUGGAUGUAUUGAGCUCAGCAGUAAAAUCCAGCCUGACACAUGCGCCUGACCACGACAGAUCAAGAAAGAAGCCACAGACAGGCAAAGAAGCCGAGGAUGUGCGAAUAAGCCCCGAAGAUACAGCAGCCGAGCUGGUCAUUGUAAUCCCCCCUCUUCUAAGCAAGUUUGGAGCAGAGCCAGACACAGCCGCGAUUGUUCUUCGUCUGGCGCAUUUUCUCGAUCUUGAAAUCUUCAAGCAACUACGUCAAAACACAAACAGAUACGAAAAGCUGCUCGACGAAAUCGUCACACAGUUUAACCGACACGACGAUAAGAGAGUUUUGUCAGAAGCAACUGCGGCGUUAUUGCAUUCGCGACAGUAUGGAGAGUUGGAGGAAAUCACAGACAAUAAAUUGUCAUACCUGUGGGAAACUGUCAUCACUUCUCUUCACAACUUUGACAAAACCUAUGAGCUUUCGUCGAGAGGUAAUCUAGGUGAGGCACCUCUCAGGGAAUUGUCAACAGUUCUUCUCAAGAUCAGCAAGCUGGCGAGCAUUUCAGACUGUAUCGAUGUCCUGGAGGCUGACGGAGACUCAUCCGAAUCAACAACAAACCCUGCCAUUCAAAUACUAGCCAAUAUUGUUCAUCGAGGCAAGUACGAGCCUCUCGAUGACCAAGACAUUGAUGAUCUCGAGGAUGAGGUGGUCUCAUUUGCGAUCAAGACCUGCCAGUUCUACUUUAUGUGGAAGACGCUGGCUUAUUCCAGGCUCCUGUCAACGACUGGCAGUAUCGCAGAUGCUGAGCUUGAUCGACUAUCGGCACUUCGACAGACUUUCCGCCGACAUCUUAUUGAAACCCUAUCAUCACGCGCCGCCAUUGACCAGUUGAGACUAUUCGCUACUGGCAGCCUGUGUGACCUUCACCUUACCUUCGCCACCCUACGCCCAACUAUUGAUCAACUCCGGCCUUCGUCCAGCUCUGAGUCACAAUCCUCGAACGGCGAGAAAUACAAGACAUUGAUUCAAGAUAUCGAAUCCGGCCUCAUUCCUGAGUUGAUUGCCAUCUUUGACGGCACCGAAAAACAGUAUGCCAAGAAGAUAAAGAAGGACAAAACCCUAAAUGAGCCAGCUGAAGACGAAGAUCCUAUGGCUGAUGAUGAAGACGAAGAGGACGAGGAUGAGGACGAGGGUCUUUCCGAGGAAGAGCGUUUCACUGCCGAACUCAAGGCCGAAAAAGCUUUGUGCGAACUCACCGCAAAAUAUGUCCUCGUGAUUACUGCUCGCCUGGUGGAUCAUAAGGGCUCACACGGAGGCAAGCUAAGGCGGCGUCUUCUUCGCAACCAAAAUAAACUUGGCAACAACUUCAAAGAAGUCGUUACCUACCUAGACGAAGAGAAGUUGGCCGAGCGGACAAGAAAAAAGGCCGCCCACGCACAGGCUCCAACAAGCGCCAAACCUCAGAAGGCCCAGCUUAGCGAAGCCAUUGUAAUUGGAGAGGAUGACGAGGAUGACAUCUUUGAUGACACGCCGCCACCAGAGGAGGGCUCCCGAGAAGAUCUCCGCGCAAAGGGUCUUCUUGAGGAUGAUCCAAUCGAAGACGAUGACGAAAAUGAAGAUGAAGAAGCGGAACGACCAGCUCACGAAUCAGACGAUGAUGUUAUAGGGGAUUAG